UGCUGUCUGCAAGAUCUUGGCGGGGUUGACCGGCACAGAGUCGAGGUACAUACCGUUUGACCUCUUCCUGGUGCCCUAGGCAAGGAGACCUAGGUGACGAGAUAUUGCUCUGGCAGCGAGCCAGAUAUUAUGCGGCAGCGGCGCACGGGAAGACAGCCCACUGGAGGCGGCCGGUGGUACAGGAGGAGCAGCUUAGCUGCGGGUUCCAGCGGUCGGCCAAAGAGAGGUGCAGGUUCGUGCAGGAGAUGCACGAGAGUCCGAACCGCGCCCGCGACACUGGUCAGGGAGAAAAAGGACAACCCGGUGCACGCGCUCGCGAAUGUAGCAGGGUGCAAGAAGAGGUGGGCGUCGACGCUGGAGCAGCGCAGGGUUGUGCGGUGUUUACAAUACCUAUGAACAGCGAAAGGCGGCCGUAUGUCGAGAAAUUAGAUGCCUUUUCGGUCUACCGUGCUCAGACCUCCCGGGGCGAUCUGGAGGGGCUCAACGACAAGGCUUGCGCGACACGGCCGGGGUUGGAUCAAACGUUCGAUAGUGCUAAGAUACAGAGCAGACACUGGCAACCUGGCAGAAAUAUGAGCCGCGGCGAGGACAAGAAUACCACACCACGAGCAACAGGUCAGCCCAAAGUCAGCAUCACAGCAAGCAGGCUCUCGAUAAACAACCAAGCCCUCCAGACCCUUUGGGUACGCUAUUGGUCAGGAGGGACGAGCCAUGUAGCGCCAUUAUGCUAGUGCCCUCGAGGGGACCCCUUGUCUGCAUCCUUUGCGCUUGGAUCUCAGGCGUGCUGCGACUCCACGGUCAGGUAUAGUGGGCAUCACCGAGCCUCCUCAGUUAUUUGAGGCGUUGUUGAUGAUCGU